AAACAUGGGCGGCAUGUGCACACACUCGGUAUGGCCGAGCUUAUACGCUAGGUUGUGGUUGCUUCCGAUGCCGACGUCUUCCGAGCUUGCCGAACGCUGUAACACCCUUACAUCCUCCUACAUCAGGCGCCAGCAUCACGCCAGUACUACUAAAGCGAACCUCUCUAUCAUUCAGAUCGUGGAUGGCGUCAAAGAGAGCCUUCUCUUUUCCGGAUGAAGCCGACAGAAUCCUCGGGGAGAGGAAACGGUCCCGGAACAAAGUUGCCUGUUAUCCGUGCAACAAACGCAAAGUUAAGUGCGACACUGGACAACCAUGCGCAAUGUGCGUCAGGCGUGGCCAUCCCGUGAUAUGCACCUAUCCUGCCGAUCGUGUAUGGGACACAACACCUGGGCACGUCACAGUGUCUGUCGAGCAGCUGCGACCCGGAUCAAAACGGGAAGUGACCAGAGCCCCCCCAUUCUUGGGUUUAGAGUCGACUACGGCAUACAUGCAGCGGCUCGCCACCGAGACUGGCAGUGAAGUAGCUCAGGAUGUCUCUCCAGCCCUCGCUCUAGGAGGCGUCCUGAGUUGGAACCCCUUCCAACGCUAUCAUGAGCGCGACAGCGGCUUCUUAGAGUUGACAAAGAUUCUUCCUGGCCGAGAAAGUGUUCAGAGAUACUACCAUCUCUAUCGCUCAACGGUGCAUCCACUAAGCCCACUAAUUGACAUAGAACCUUUGGACCUCAAGAUCGCAGACUAUCUAGAAGAUAGCAUUACCAUCAUGUCUGACGUGACCUCGGCCGCUACUAUUGCCCUUAUCCUUGCUAUCCUCGCAUCCGGAGCGCAAUACUCCGAUCUUGUGCAGUCCGAACGAAGGAGGAUUUCACGAGACUUUGCAUCGAAGAGCUUCCGCGCGCUUCAUCUAGCGAACUACCUCAUUCGGCCAACUGCGCCAUGUUUGCAAACAUUACUUCUCCUUGGGUCCUUCAUUCGAAAUGACGGAGACGCUAACGCAUCAUGGGCGUUACUCGGCACUACCAUGAGGUUGGCGCAGAGCGUUGGUUUGCAUGACGCUGAAAACAUUCAAAGCCUUUCCGCCAGUGACAAACGAAUGCGAUCCCAGCUCUGGAAGACAGUGCUGCAGCAUGACAGCAUCCUAUCGCUUUGCUUUGAUCGCCCGACCUCUUUACCUACAUUGCCACUGUCAAACCUUCCUUCCUCGACACCAGCAGAAGUUCUGGACUAUUCACAGAUGAUGUGGGGGAUCACGAGACUCUGUGUCGGCAAUUUGAUGCAUCUCGCCCGCGAGAUCAACCUCAGUCGAAUCCAUCAGUCUCUUAGACAAGUCGACAACCUCAUCACGCAGUCUUCGCCCCAUUUACAAACAAGAACAGCGUGUCUCAGCAUGCAAGACCGCCUCGAGCACUAUACCAUCAACCUUCACAUGAGUUUCCUAGUCUCAGUCAUAUGUAGGCCUGUAUUUUUGGCCUCGGAUAACGAGAACCACCAAGAGUGCAUGGCUUUGAACACCAGAGGUCGAGCUGCACUCUCAAAUACCGUUCGCCAUUUCUUGAAUCUACAGAAGCUCACUACAUACGCUAUACGAACUUGGACAACCCUACACGAAGCAUUGAGCUCUGCACUCCUGCUCGAACUAUUGCACGAGUCAGACAAGAACGCUGAAACUAGAAUCAUGCAGAAGCAAUUCCUGGAGGUAGUCAUCCCAACACUUGACAAUGGAUCCGACAGAGACACUGGUCUCUCCAUGCCGCACACGAGAGCUAUCGCUGCUCUACGCAAGAUUGCUACGAGGCAAACACAACCAAAUCCUGCUACGCUUGUUCCCAUGGGUUCAGGCAGCUCAACGCAACCGGUGCCUGACCCAAGCAACAUUGCAACCUUGCCGGACCUGAUCCCCACCACUUUUGAUCAGAGUACCUUGGACUCUUUCGAUUCAAUCUUAUGGGGUAUGUUCCACCUUCUUGUACAAUUUCCAUACAUGGAUAUUACUAAUCAUGAUGCUUUCAGAUACCGAGCCGACGUUCCAUGACCAAUUUUGGCUCGGCCUCAAUAACGACUUUCCC